GGCGCCUGGGUUCCGCGGCUCGGCCCGGAGGGGGAAGCGCGAUGGCGGCCGAGGCGCGGCGGUGGCGGUGGUGGCGGCGGGGCGGCGCCGCGCUGCUCCUGCUGGCGCUGUGCCUGCAGCCGGCCCGGCCCCGCAGCCUCCGCUUCGUGACGCUGGUGUACCGGCACGGGGACCGCUCGCCCAUCAAGGCCUACCCGCGGGACCCCUUCCAGGAGGCCGCCUGGCCACAGGGCUUCGGGCAGCUCACGCAGGUGGGGAUGCGGCAGCAGUGGGAGCUGGGCCAGGCCCUGCGGCGGCGCUACCGCGGCUUCCUGGGCGCCGCGUACCGGCGGCAGGAGAUCUUCAUCCGCAGCACAGAUUACGAUCGGACGUUGAUGAGUGCGGAGGCCAAUCUGGCAGGCCUGUAUCCCCCAGAGAGACAACAGAUGUUCAACCCUAACAUUUCCUGGCAGCCUAUCCCUGUACACACAGUGCCUGAGUCCGGGGAAAGGCUACUGAAGUUUCCAUUGAACCCCUGCCCACGGUACGAACAACUACAGAACGAAACACGGCACUCACCAGAAUACAUAAAUAAGACCAGAGACAAUUUGCAAUUCCUGCAGAUGGUGGCAAAUGAGACUGGGAUUCGGGAUGUCUCUCUCGAGACUGUCUGGAGUGUGUAUGACACACUGUUCUGCGAACAAGUACACAAAAUGGAUUUGCCGUCAUGGGUGACGCCAGAUGUCAUGUCUCAAUUGAAGCAACUGAAAGACUUUGGUUUUGAAUUUCUGUUUGGAAUCCACCAUCGGGUAGAAAAAGCUCGUUUGCAAGGCGGGGUCCUUCUGGAUCACAUUAGGAAAAACCUAACCAAAGCAGCAAAUGCCUCUGCCCACCAGCACCUGAAACUUCUUGCCUAUUCAGCGCAUGACACCACACUUGUGGCACUGCAGAUGGCUCUAGAUGUCUACAACAAGAUUCAAGCACCAUACGCCUCAUGUCAUUUAUUUGAGCUGUACCAAGAGGAUGAUGGUGACUUCUCUGUGGAGAUGUUUUUCCGGAAUGAGAGCGGAAAGGAACCUUUCCCACUGACAAUCCCUGGCUGUCAGCAGAAAUGUCCCCUGCAUAAAUUCUUGGAACUCACAGAUCCCGUUGUGCCUCAGAACUGGGAGCAAGAAUGUCAGGUAGCAAGCAGCAUGCAAGACACAGGACUGUUUGUAGGUCUGGCUGUGUGUGGAUCCGUUCUCCUUCUCCUUAUAAUCCUCCUCUUGACUGUACUAUUUCGCAUACAGUUGCAGCCCCCUGGCUACCGGCAUGUUUCCAAUGAGGGAGAAGAGCAGGCCUGACAGUUGCUUCAACUGCUUCCCAGGCAGUAGAGGGGAGCAGCGUUGCCCCUAAGGACGAUUGGGCACCUUCAGUAACUGAGCAAUCUUCUGCUUUGGCCAUUGCUUCCCAGAAUGAAGCUGGACUGUGAUUUUUGGACUUUUUCUAAACCCAGAGAGAGGACUGACCUACUCUAAUGGAAGUGAUGCAUUUUAAUUCUGAGAAGCCAGGAUACUGUGUGGUGGCUCUAGCCCUCAUACAGUCAGCCUGGGAUUCUCACCAAGGCCAGUUAGAGCAGCUGCUCCUCGUGAAGAAUUUUCCUCCUUUCAGUGAUUGUAAAUGUUACCACUCACCCUUACUGUGGCAGGGGGAUUUGGGCCUCCAGAAGGUGCCACAUCAAGCACAAUUAAGAAUUGCAUUUCUCUUCAGGGUCAA